CCAAGCAACCGACACCCUUCUCUUUCCUUCCUUCCCUACCUCUCCAUGGCCAUGAGAGUGAGACUAUCGAAGGAAUCUCUAGCAAAGACUUUCUUCUCCAUCUCCCUCUCUAGGAAUGUUCUUCAGAGGAACUUACGAACAUAUUUUUAACACGUACUGUUAGCACAUUUUUUCUCCAAACUUGGUAGAUUAAAUCAUUUAACAAUCCAAUAUAGAAUUGAAAAGAAAUAUCAAGGAAGCCUAUCAAACAAGGCAAUUCUAUUCUCCAAAGUGGGUCCGAUGGACCACCACCUUGCCUUCUCGUCGCCCGUGGGAAGGAUUAGCCUUCGAAACAUCACAUAGCUAUCCAAAAGAGCAAGCUCACACUCCAACUCAGAGCAAGAGGACACCAUGGAACGGUGGCCUUGGCUUUUCUAGCACACCAUGAAGAUUCCACACUUCUUGCCUACCUUCCUAGAUAGCUUGAUCAAGUAACUCAACCCCCCCCCCCCCCCCCCUCCUCCCCCCUAAAAACAAAUUAGCCAUCAUAGUAAAUAAAUUUAAAGACGCUUGCCCAUAUACUUAUAUAUUAGAGAUAGCCCCCCUCCUUUUUUUUAUCCAUUUCUACUUCCAAGAGAAACUUCUCUCCCUCUAUGUGAUAUGGAUCUUGAAGAGUGGGAGCUACUACCCCAUGAUGGGUUCAUUGAUUACCAUGAAGAUGGUGAAAAGAAGACUUUUGGGGCAAGCAAACGUAGUAGUCCUCGUCGUCCCAAGAGCAUGGUCAACAUGAACUACUUCAUGUGCCCAUCUUCACCACCGAAAGAUUCUAGGCUAGUUCCUAAUCAACUUGUCCCGGUUCCAAUUCAGUUGGAGCCAACAACAACAGCUGGCAAGGAUGUCCCAGAAGGUCAUGUGAUCUCAAAAAAAGAAGUGAUCUCCGUGGUACCUAUUGACCUAGGUGCUGCGGUUCCUUCUGUGAUCAUGCCAGAAGUCAAAGAAGCUGAUCAAGACUCAGUUUCUCAAGUUUUCUUCAAGAAAAUGAAGGAAAACGAAUUUGUCGACAUGAAAUUGGACUCUCCAAAGUCCUCUAGCAGUAAGGGUGGCUUUGUGCCUCCUCAAAUUGAUGCUGGUGCUACUUUUAACUUUGAAGACCAAAGUGAUCAUCAGGGCUAUAAAGGUGAUCGGGAAUUGGAUGCCACCAAGAUUAGUUCUCCAAGGAUCAAGAGCACUGGAAAAGAAAGUGGUACAAGAGGGGAGGUGAGGUGGGAGGAGAAUGGUGGUGGCUUGAAUUUAUGGAAGUUGAGCUUAACUGGGAUUGGUGCUAUUUGCUCUUUUGGUGUUGCUGCUGCUACCAUCUGUAUUUUCAUCUUUGGAAGUCACCAGAGAAACAAGCAGCAACAACAGAACCAAAAGCCGAGCUUCCAGAUUUACACUGAUGACAAGUAUGCACUCACAACUGUGGUCACAGAGGAUUGAGCAAGUGGUUCACCAUGCAACAAAAAUGAAUGGAGCAAUUUCAGUCGCAAGAGGAGUACCUAUUGCUAGAGCUCACAUUACCUAUGGUGGUUACCAUGGUGGUAUCUGAGGCAGAAAUCCCAGUUGCUCCCCUGUGUCAAUUGUGGUUUCUAAGCAAGUUUACAGAAUGUUUUAUAUACAUAGGGUGGUCUCCAUAUUUUAUACAUUAAAAAUAUGUGAUCUUUGUGUAGAUAAUAGAUUCCAGUGAAUCCUGUAUAUAUCUGAGAUCCCUGUGGAUGAGCCACUAGUUAAAUGCUGGUUUCUUGUACGUGUGAUUACAGCACUAGCUGAAAGUUUGUAUUGGGAUUGACCAAAAUAGUUAGUUUUCUGCUGCUACUCAAGCAA